AUGUUAGAUGAUUUAGUCUAUGUGAGAAUGAAUUCAUUGAUGAUGAAAAAGAGGGGUGAACUUGAACAGAAAAACAUGUUACCCAUUAAUCUUGACAAUAUUAGUGUCAAUGAUUUUGAAAAGAGCAUUGAGGACGUUGAUAAAGAGCUAAAGAGAUUGUUGGAUGAUGUGGAUGAUAGCAUUGCUGAAGACUUGCUAUUUGGUGCAAGUGCUAGUUUUACUGAGAGCGAGACUCAACCCCCAGAUUUUUACGUGGAGACUUUGAAUCUGGACACCAUGUUCACGCCGCAAGUGGUGGUUCAGGGUAGAGCUCAGUGCCUGGGCACUGAUCAAGAUGCUCUCUUAUCCCACAUCUCCUCCGCCCCUCGCUUCCCCUCUCCUUCGUUUCAGGCUAAGUUUGAAAGACCUUCGCCGGAGACCUUGCAAGUGACACUUACAGGAGCUGUAAGAACAAAGAUAGACAGCGAAGGGGCCGACAUAUUGGUGGCGCUAUACGAGAAUGGGCUAUUGACGGACUGCCCUGCCGGAGACAACCGAGGCCGUGUCCUGUCUAACGACUUUGUGGUCCGUAAGAUGGAGAAGCUCUGCAAUAUCAAGGACAUCUCAGCUAAGAAAACAGUGAAUGGCACGGUCAGCUUCUCGCUGUGGGAUGGGUUUAAGAGCAACAAGUGUGGCAUCGGAGUCUUCCUUCAGGACAGGUCUUUCCACACUUUUGGUUGUCAGAACUUAAGCUUGCCACAAAACCUUUAAAGCUAGACUGUGAUUCUUCUCUCUCUGGGGCAGUGAUAUGUGAUCCUUGUGUACAGGAGUUUAGGUUGUCUGCUUUUUAUUCUCUCCUAUUCUUAUUCUUCCUUCUCUUAUUAUGUGCUUUCUGGGAUUUUAUUUUCUUAGAUGAAUUGCGACUGAACAUUGUUCUGGAUUUA